UCGUCGGCCCGUUGCCCCGGCAACGAACGGUGAAACGGCCGACGUAGGUGCACAGCUCCCCGAAGCCGAGCGAGCCAAGCAGGUCUUGCUGGAAGUCUGCGGGAUCGCGGGUUGCAGCAGUCUUCGGAAACUCCGGGGCGCAGAGAAAUAUGGCACUCCCCACACUGCCCUCCUCCUGGUGCAGCCGGAGGCUCCUGGAUCAGCAGGCAGCGCGACAGCGACACCGAGAGCAGGAGGCCCUGCUGCGGCAGCAGUGGGAUCAGAACAGCCGCUACUUCAAGGUGUCGGACAUCUGUAGCUCCAAACAAGCGGAAUGGAGCUCCAAGACCUCCUACCAGCGGAGCAUGCACGCCUACCAGAGGGAGAAGAUGAAGGAGGAGGGGAGGAGGCGUCUGGAGGCCCGACGGCAGAGACUCAGGCAGCUUCUGCUGGAGGAGCAGGACCUGCUGGCCCGAGAACUGGAGGAGCUGAGGCUGAGCAUGAACUUGAGGGAAAGAAGAAUCCGGGAGCGGCACGAGAAUCUGAAGUCAGCCCGAGAAGAGCAAAGGAAACUGAUUGCUGAACAACUUUUGUAUGAACACUGGAAAAAGAACGACCCCAAACUUCGAGAGAUUGAACUAGACCUUCACAGGAAGCAUGUGAUAAACUCUUGGGAAACACAGAAAGAAGAAAAAAGACAGCAAGACACUGCCAAAGAGGAAGAGGAAAAGCAGUGUGAAAAUGAGUAUGAGACAGCCCGGAGGGAAGCGCUGGAACGGAUGAGAGCCGAGGAGGAGAGGAGGCAGCUGGAGGGGAAGCUGCAGGCGGAGGCGCUGCGCCAGCAGAUGGAGGAGCUGAAGGUGAAGGAGAUGGAGGCCACGAAACUGAAGAAGGUGCAGGAGAAUCUGCUGAAGCAGCGCUGGGAGCUGGAGAGGCUGGAGGAAGAGAGGAAGCAGAUGGCGGCCCUGCGGCAGAAGGCAGAGCUGGGACGCUUUUUGAGACAUCAGUAUAACGUGCAACUCAACAGACGUACACGGCAGAUCCAAGAGGAAUUGGAGGCGGACAGGCGCAUCCUGCAGGCGCUGCUGGAGGAGGAGGACGAAAACCAGCGCGCGCACCUGGCCCGGCGGGAGCAGGCCCUGGCUGACGUGGCGUGGAUGAAGCAGGUCAUCGAGGAGCAGCUGCAGCUGGAGAGGGAGCGGGAGGCAGAGCUACAGACUCUGCUGAGGGAGGAGGCCAAGGAAAUGUGGGAGAAGAGAGAGGCAGAGUGGGCCCGUGAGAGGAGCGCUCGAGACCGGCUGAUGAGCGAGGUUCUGACAGGGAGACAACAACAAAUACAGGAGAAGAUUGAACAAAACCGACAGGCGCAAGAGGAAUCCCUCAGACACAGGGAGCAACUCAUUCAAAAUCUUGAGGAGGCAAGAGAGUCAGCUCGUCGUGAGAAGGAGGAGAGCGAAGAACUGAAGUCAGCCAGGAAGCGGGAGCUGGAAGCCCAGGUUGCAGAGCGCCAGCUGCAGGCGUGGGAAGCAGAACAGCAGGAGGAGGAGGAGGAAGAGGAGGUGAGGCAGGCAGAGCAGCUCACGGAUGCUCUGCUGCAGCAGGAGGCGAAGAUGAUGGCCCAGCAGGGCUACCAGCCCAAGCCUUACGGACAUCCCAGAAUUGCUUGGAACUGACGCCGUUGGUACCGUAAGCACAGAGAGCCAGGAUGGUGAGGUCUCGGAUAUGCAGCUGCCAGACAGUUUUAUAUGUUCUGUUCUCGUGUUCGGGUCACUGUAACAUAGCUCACCGAGCCUGUUCAGGUUCACAGUUAAACAGAGCAAGGGUCUGGCCGGACUUCAAGGUGUGCUGGAUAAGCCGCACCAGCAAGAGGCCCUUUCCUGCCCUUCUUAUCCCAGAAAGGGGCUUUAUACUCACAUGCUGGCAGUGCUGUCACAGUCUUGUAAUAUAUUUAUAAGUAACAGAAGAUUCUAAAUCAAUGCCAGGAGUUACAAGUUGUGUUCCAUGACCAGAUACGUGGUUUCCUGUUGUCUUACCCCUAACUGUCAGCCUCCAGUGAGGACUCCAGCCAGAGAUAGAAAUUUUAAAAUUUUUAAAAAUUGCCAUUUAAAUUUAUUCUAUUGAAAAUAAACUUGCGGGUCUUGGUGUAGUUUAUUAA